UGACUAACAAUGGCUAAAAUUUGUUUGGGUACAAAAUUAUAAUGAAAAUAAAUAACUACCAGUUAAACCUACUAUCAUAGACUAGAAUACUAUUGUAAAACAUUUUAAAAUCAUAACAAGGCAUCAUGGAUGGGGAGCCCGAUUAUAUGUCGGAUACCGGCACUAACUGCAACCUUCACACUACAUCAGAAACUUAUCCAGAGAAUCUUAACAAGCUGGAAACAUUAGAGAAGAAAGCUGUUCAUCUUAGAUUAGUAUUGGAAAAGGAUUUCAAGGCAGCUGAUAUGAAAUGGAGUUUAUUCGUGGCCGCAGCAUUUAGUUUCAGAUAUGAAAGCUGCUUGAAGCCGUUUCCACCAGGGUACUGGAAAAAUGGUAUCAAGGAUAUGGAUGAACUGCUUAGUACUAUAACCGACGUGCCGGCACUUGAUUUACUUCUGCGUCAACUGGAUAAUCUAGAUGAUUUGAAAAGCUACGCCGAAAUUAUAGACCUCCUGUUUUAUGUCCUAGUCAGGUUGAAAGAACCCAUCAUAAAGACAGUUCCAAUAGAAUCGCAUGGAAACGUGUUAUUGCACGUGAACUCUACUGUGCCCGCAGCCAAGCCUCAGUAUGUUUUCCAAGUGGUCAGCUCAAAUAAAUCAACAGCGGAAGUGAAAUGGAGGGAAUUGGCAAAAAACCACAACGUAUUUUAUGCUUUUCAUGGAAAUCGUCUCGAAAAUUUCUAUAGCAUGUUACAUUGCGGCAUUCAACAAAAGCCGAUGUGCAGCACGGGCGGCGGAAUGUUUCUGUCCCCGGAGCUGAGCGCGUCGCUGCCCCACAGCGCCGGGGGCUUCGGCUGGGGCGCCAGCUGCCUGGGCGGCCACCUGGCCUGCGUCGCGCUCUGCGAGAUCCUCGACGUGCCGGAAGGCAUCAACUAUCAGCGCCCUGUCACCAAUCAAGGUGAUGGCGGCUACGACGACAGCAGAAGCGUUGAUAGAAAAUCAAAUGCAGAUGAAGCUAUAUAUAAGCAGUUGCCGAAUUACUACGUCACAAAUGCUGAGCUGGUGCGAGUGCGGUAUCUGCUCAUUUAUGCCAAGCCCCUUGCUUCCUCGAGGCUCCCCACUGGCCAUAAUAAGAAAGACGGAGGAAUACGGAAAUGGUUUGCAAGGCAUAAAUUAUUUUCAAUUCUAUUUGGAUAUGGACUAAUGUUAGCGACAAUUGGCCUAGCAAAUAAUCAGCCACUGCAUUAUUAUUUCAAAAUGUUUAUGAAGAAAUUAGAACUUGCUUACUCGAAUGUUAAAGUGUCAUAAAGUUUAUUUUUCUAAUUUGUUCGUUUAAAAUUCCGGUAUGUCCAAAAAUGUAACUAGUUAAGUACCGAAUGUGUGUUAGGCAUAUAAUGCGCUAUAAAUAACUAAUAAAAUAUUUUAAUAGCAGGCC